AUGACGUCACAGAAGGUAAGUACGGGAGCCGGGAGGGCUCAAAAAUGAAAGGCUGAUUUUUUUAAUUUAUUUUUUAUGGAGGUGGGGUGUCUUUCCCUGACUGCAAGAGGAGGAGGAAGAGGUCAAAAAGCAUCUUCGGGCAUCUCUCCCAAGUGGGUGCUGGUGUGACCAGGACUCCUGGGUUCCUUGCACAAGAGGAAAGUGCGUGUGCAUGAGCGCCUGAAUGUGCUGCGCGCAUUCUCCCGGGGGGAGCGCGCCUAGGUUUUGCGGCUGAAGACUGCGGGGAAGAAGGAGGAGAGGUGAGCUGAGGUUCCCCCCGUGGUCCAACAUUUGACAUUCGGAGGAUAUGGUGGAAACUUGAAUGGGAAAGAAGAAAUGGCGGGAAACGAGGGACGGAAGCAGCCUCCGCUUGGGUUGCUGGCUGCACCGCGUGCAAGGAGGUCCGGGGGUUCAACAAGCCCCUGGCCUCGGGGGGCUGGGCUGCUGGAAACACUGGAAAGCCGCUGCUGCAAGUCCCCGCGGAGUUGGUGUUGCAGGCAGUUCCCGACCUGGGUGGAGGAGUGGCUGCAUGACCACUAGCAUCCAUUGACAGCCUUGUUGUUGUUGUUGUUGUUUAGUCGUGUCCAACCCUUCGUGACCCCCUGGACCAGAGCACGCCAGGCACUCCUGUCUUCCACUGCCUCCCACAGUUUGGUCAGACUCAUGUUGGUAGCUUUGAGAACAUUGUCCAACCAUCUCGUCCUGUCGUCCCCUUCUCCUUGUGCCCUCCAUCUUUCCCAACAUCAGGGUCUUUUCCAGGGAGUCUUCUCUUCUCAUGAGGUGGCCAAAGUAUUGGAACCUCAGCUUCAGGAUCUGAUUGACAGCCUUAUCUAAGAAUAAUAAUACAGUGGUACCUCGGGUUGUGCUGUGCCUAGGGCUUGCCAAUCAGAGCCUAGGGCUUGCCAAUCAGAAGGUCGGCGGUUCGAAUCCCCGCGACGGGGUGAGCUCCUGUUGCUCGGUCCCUGCUCCUGCCAACCUAGCAGUUCAAAAGCACGUCAAAGUGCAAGUAGAUAAAUAGGUACCGCUCCGGCAGGAAGGUAAAUGGCGUUUCCAUACGCUGCUCUGGUUCGCCAGAAGCGGCUUAGUCAUGCUGGCCACAUGACCCGGAAGCUGUACGCCGGCUCCCUCAGCCAAUAAAGCGAGAUGAGCUCCGCAACCCCAGAGUCGGUCACGACUGGACCUAAUGGUCAGGGGUCCCUUUACCUUACCUCGGGUUACAAACACUUCAGGUUACAGAUGGUUCAGGUUACAGACUCUGCUAACCCAGAAAUAGUACCUCGGGUUAAGAACUUUGCUUCAGGAUGAGAACAGAAAUUGCGUGGCGGCAGCGGCAGGCCCCAUUAGCUAAAGUGGUGCUUCAGGUUAAGAACAGUUUCAGGUUAAGAACGGACCUCUGGAACGAAUUAAGUACUUAACCCAAGGUACCACUAUAAUAAUUAUUAUUAUUAUUAUUAUUGGCGGCUCCCAAUCGAGUGUUAAAAACAAUACAGCCUUAAAUAUUAAAAACUUCCCUAAACAGGGCUGCCUUCAGAUGUCUUUUAAAAAUAAGAUAGCUGCUUAUUUCCUGCUUAUCUUAUCAAACGAUACUUCCCUUCUACUGGGAAAAAGCGCCCCUUAUAACGCAGCCCAGCAUUGCGACUGGCCUGCCAGAAAGGAUUGUUGUAAGGGCAUCAGAGAUGUUCCCACAGGGAAGUGGAUAGCUCUGUUGGUAGAGCAGGAGACUCUGGCUCAGGGUCAUGGGUUUGAGCCCCAUGUUGGGCAAAAGAUUCCUGCAUUGCAGGGGGUCAGGCUAGAUGACCCUGGGGGAUCCCUUCCAACUCUUGAUUCUAUGAUAUAACGAGGCCGAGUUCGCUCCCUAUUGUUGGAACUCAGAGUCUGUUUUUAUUUCUUUAAAUCUUGUUCCCCCCCCCUGGUUUCCAGUGGACAUGUAUGUAAAAUAGUGUUAGCUUUUAUUUUUGUAAGCUGCCAUGGGUAAACUUUGCCUUGAAAGGCAUAAUGUAAAAAUUUGAAAAUAAAAAAUAAAAAUGUGAAGCAUUUAAUAAAAAGCUCUGUAGGAGAAUACCUGUGUGUGUGUGUGCGCGCGCGCGCAUGCACGCAUAUUUGAUAGCUCAUAAGACUUUUUAAUCUCAGAGUUUGAGUCCCAUGUUGGGUGAAAGAUUCCAACACUGCAGUAGGUUGGACCUGACCACUGGUCCGUCAAGCUAAGGAUGAUGGGAGUUGCAGACACAAGUUUGGGAAAGUCUGAACUACUGUAUUUUUCACUCUAUAAGACACACAAGACCAUAGUUUUUGGAGGAGGAAAACAAGAAAAAAAAAAUCUGAAUCCCAGAAGCCGGAACAGCAAGAGGGAUCGCUGCGCAGUGAAAGCAGCAAUCCCUCUUGCUGUUCUGGCUUCUGGGAUACCUGCGCAGCCUGCAUUCGCACCAUAAGACACACACACAUUUCCCUUUACAGUCAUACCUCGGGUUGAAUAUGAUUCGGGUUGAGCGCGUCCGAGUUGCAUUCUGCGGCAACCCAGAAGUAAUGGAGCACGUUACUUCUGGGUUUCGCCGCUCGCGCAUGCGCAGACGCUCAAAAUGACAUCACGCGCAUGCGCAGAAGCGACAAAACGCGAUGUGCAGAUGCACCGUCGCUUCUUACGUUGCAUUCAGGAUGCGAACGGUGCUCCGGAACGGAUCCCGUUCACAUCCCAAGGUACCAUUGUACUUUUCAGGAGGGAAAAAGUGCGUCUUAUAGAGCGAAAAAUACGGUAGAUGAUCCUCGUGGUCCCUUUCAACUUGGCAACUCCGUGAAUUUAAUAGCAAAAGCCCCACAGUUUAAAAGUCCCCUUCUUCCCUGACCAUUUAAGACGUGCCUUGAGAGCAGAGAGGGGAUUCCCAAACACAGUUUGUGGGUGCGACUUAUAAGAGAGCCAGUGUGGUGUAGUGGUUAAGAGCGGUAGUCUCGUAAUCUGGUGAACUGGGUUCGCUUCCCCGCUCCUCCACAUGCAGCUGCUGGGUGACCUUGGGCCAGUCACACUUCUCUGAAGUCUCUCAGCCCCACUCACCUCACAGAGUGUUUGUUGUGGGGGAGGAAGGGAAGGGAGAAUGUUAGCCACUUUGAGACUCCUUCAAGUAGUGAUAAAGCAGAAUAUCAAAUUCAAACUCUUCUUCUUCUUCUUCUUCUUCUAAGUGCUGAAGGAUGUGAUUUCUGAGCGCAUGUCCUUGUUGAGAGGGGUAAGCAGAGCAUUAAAGAAAGGAGCAGAAAAGGAAAUUGCGUGUGUGCCCACUGUGCCCCGUUUGGUUAUCUGACCAUGCAAGGGCGUCUUUUUCGGAGCGUUUUACCAUCGCUUUCCCUUGUCGAUUGCAGUCCCUGAUGAAGGCCGCUCUUGACACCAGGACUCACGACCGGGAGGACGACGCCCCCAGAGACUGCAGCGCCAAGCGCCAGAGGAGCGACGCCAAGGCUCCCCUCACUCUGCCCGUCACGCCCUCUCGCUACGAUGCCCCUUUCCCCUUUUACCGGCGGCCGGCUCAGCUGGGACACUUUUCCCUGGACGCCCAGCGCUGUUACCACGGGGACGCUCGCCGCCUGCGCUACUAUGCCCCUCCCCCUGUCGAGGGCCCCUCCCCCGGCUUCGACCUGCGCGACGGCUACCGCGACCGCUAUGUGAAGCAGGAUGAGACCGUCCGCGAGGGGCUGGAGCACUUGCUGAGGUGGAUCACCCAGAACCGGAAGCAGCUGCAGACUGAGGACAAAGGGUGAGGAAGGGCACGAUUCUCGGUCUGUCUCUCCUUCUUUUCUCUCCCCGCAUAAGAGAAAGGAAGGGUUAAUGGAGGAUCAGGUUAUCGGAGACUAGUAUAUAUAUAUAGGGACUAUGUUUCGCCUCCGCCAUUCCGGCAGUGCUCUGCUUACGUUGUUAGGAAGCUGCUGCUUCUUUUAUUUAUUUUUAUUUAUUAGGCCCUAUACGGCCUAGGACCCUCGUACCUACGGGACCGCCUCUCCUGGUAUGUCCCACGGAGGACCUUACGGUCUUCAAACAAAAACAUCUUGGAGGUCCCGGGCCACAGGGAGGUUAGACUGGCCUCAACCAGAGCCAGGGCUUUUUUGGCCGUGGCUCCGAUCUGGUGGAACACUCUGCCACUAGAGACUAGGGCCCUGCGAGACUUGACAUCUUUCCGCAGGGCCAGCAAGACGGAGCUGUUCCACCAAGCCUUUGGCCAGGGCACAGCCUGACUCCCUCCUUUGGCAAUCCUCACAGAACUCUAGCCCAAUGGCUGCCAUUAAUCUGAUUGGAAUUAAUUUUAUAACGAAAUGAUUUUAGAAUGUUGUAUUAUUUUAUUGUUGUUAGCCGCCCUGAGCCCGGCUUCGGCUGAGGAGGGCGGGAUAUAAAUAAAAAUUUAUUAUUUAUUAUUAUUAUUAUUAAAUUUGUGUGCUGCCCUUCAUCGAAAUAAGUAGCUAUCUUCUCUUUAAAAGACAUCUGAAGGCAGCCCUGUUUAGGAUAGUUUUUAAUAUUUAAUGCUGUAUUGUUUUUAACACUCGAUUGGGAGCCGCCCAGAGUGGCUGGGGAAACUCAGCCAGAUGGGCAGGGUAUAAAUAAUAAAUUAUUAUUAAUAUUUAUUAUUAUCCAUAGAUCUCUGGGCGGUUCACAACAUAAAAAUGCAAUAUAAAAGCACAAAUAAUAAAAAACAGGGGUUAAAAAGAUUAAAAAGGUAAAGGACCCCUGGAUGGUUAAGUCCAGUCAAAGGUGACUCUGGGGUUGCGGCGCUCAUCUUGCUUUCAGGCCGAGGGAGCUGGCGUACAUGUGGCCAGAAUGUGGCCAGAAUGACUAAGCCGCUUCUGGUGCAACAGGACACCGUGACGGAAACCAGAGCGCAUAGAAAUGCCAUUUAUCUUUCUGCUACAGCGGUACCUUGUACUGGAGUGCUUUUUUUAAAAAAAUCAUUUUUAUUAAGUUUUUCAUUUCAACAAUCCAAUCAAAUCACAUUAAAUAUUCCAAAUUAUACAUAUACAUAUCAAAUAAUCCAAAUAUUCUGCCAAAUUAUAAAUUUUUUAUUGGGACUUCCCAUGCUUCAAGUUUGGGGGGGGCUCUGAUCAUCUCAUGUCUCGACUGCUUUUCAUAGUCUGUACUGGCGUUCUUUUGAACUGCAGAAGCUGGGAUAGAGCAACGGGAGCUCACUCCGUCGCAGGGAUUCGAACCUUCGAUCGGCAAGCCCCAAGAGGCUCAGUGGUUUAGACCACAGCGCCACCUGCAUCCCUAUGUCACCCAUCUGACUGGGUUGCCCCAGUGGCUCCCAACAAAAAAAUUAGUAAAAGCACGAUAUGACAGCACACGCUGAAAUCUUCUUUGAACAGGGCAGCCUUCAGAUGUCUUCUUAAAACCAUAUGCAGAGUGGUGUCUGCAGGUUCCUAUGUGCCCAUUAGGGCUUCCUUGGUGAUCCCUGCUUUCACCAGAGUUUGACUUUGUUGGCCUUAGAAUACAGAGGAACGGCCCCGGCAGCUCGUGCUUUGCUCUUUUUAACGGUUUUGUCUCUCCCCGCUUGGCAGGCGGCCGCUGAAUGCCGACUUUGUGACGUGGCGGGGGCAUCUCACCAAAGUGCUGACCACGCCCUACGAAAAUCAGGACGGUUGGCUGCUGGCGGUGAGCCUCUUCCGCGGGACUCUGUACAUCAGCGAAGUUGAGACGGAGGCCGCCCGGAGGCAGCGGGAGCAGCGCACGGACCUGCUGAAGGAGCUCAUGUACAUGGGCUACAAGUUUGAGCAGUACAUGUGCUCUGGUAAGGAUGCCAGAGGCCUCUAAACCAUAGCUGUGAACCGUCCCUUAUUUGGCGGGAAAGUCCCUUAUCCCAGCGCCGUGUCCCGCUGCUGUCCCUUAUUGAUGAUGUCCCUUAAAUUUCCCGGGUUUCAAAGGAAGCAGCUCCUCUCCCUCCCUCCCUGCCGGCCAAGGAGGAGGGAGGCUCCAACUGCGUUGCUUGGCUGUGUUGCUCACCCAAUAAGGAGUCUAAGAACGACUGGGGGGUGGAGCUUGCAUGCCUUGUGCCAGUCACAUCGGCCGCGUUGCCUGGGGACUCGCCUUUGCUCAGCGCUUCCCAGCGGAGAGGUGACGGUGGUUUUCCUUGCUGCAUCCCCUUUGCCGGGUUGCUGCGCUGUGGGAACCACCGCUUGAGGCUUCGUUUGGCUGCUGGGCUGGCUGGGCUUUCUGCCUUUGGCUCGGGAGCUGGUUGACUAAAAUCCUUUAUUUUGGCUACUGGUCCCUUAUUUUCGAGGCUGCUGGUCCCUUAUUUUCAAAUCUGUAAGUUGACAGCAAUGCCUGGUCUGAGCAUACGGCUCGGUUCUGGGCAGCGGUAUUGAGAGCCAAUGUGGUGUAGUGGUUAGCGUGUUGGACUAGGACCUGAGAGACCAGGGUUCAAGCCCCCACUCGGCCACAAAGCUCGCCGGGGGCAAGUCACUCUCUCUUGGCCUACCUUACAGGGAUGUUGGGAGGAUGAAAUGGAGAUAACCACGUAUGCCAUCUUGAGCCCCGUGGAGGAAAGGUGGGAUAGAAAUGUAAUAAAUGAAUCAAAAUCGGAGCUUUUCAGUUUAGAGCCACGGUUCUUAAACAUUUUUCCUCUGGGCCACACUUUCAGAAUAAAAAUUUGCUCGUGCCUUGGCAAAUUUUUAAGCGAUUAAGAAAUACAUUGGAAAACACAGCUAGGAUUGUUCUCGGCCUCACUUUAUGCUCUCAUUUUGAAGCGAUAUCCAUAUUUUGCAAAUAAAAACGAUUAUUUCUAUACUGUACUACAUUGAAAUGUUGAAAUGUUUGAUGGUCCUUGAAUUUCCCCACCAUGCUUACCAGCCUCUGCUGCCAUGCCCUUUGAGAACCACUGUUUUAGAGUAAAGUUGAAUAAUAAUAAUAAUAAUAAUAAUAAUUUUUUAUUUAUACCCCGCCCUUCCCAGUUCAAAAACUGGGCUCAGGGUGGCUAGCAACAAAUUUAAAACACUUAAUUGUAAAAGCAGCAUCAAAUACUGUAUAAAAACAUGAAUAACAAUAAAAUUCAAAAAUCAAUUUAGGGGAAAUAAGCAUCAGAUAAUAAGUUGUAGUUGGGGCAUAAGACGGGUAGAAAAAGGCUGCAUGGGGUGCAAAAGUGGGUGUGCCUUUCUCAUCAUAAUAAGAUCUUCAGGUUCAUCCCCUUUAAGCCUAAGGGUGAGAGACUCAGGAUAAACACAGGAAGGGAGUUCUUUAGUGCAUAGUUGAACUAUGGAACUCACUGUUGUAAGAUGCAGUGAUGGCUGCCAACUUGGAUGGCUUUAAAAGAUCAGACAGAUCCACUUUGUGCCUCUUUUGCCUCUGGAGAACACUCACUCUCAAGCGUGGUCCUCAAAAGGGCCUGAACAAAUCCAAGAACCAAUUAAUGAGCUUAAAAUAUACUUCUAACCUGUUGAAAUACAGAGGCGUCAGAAGUUGUGUGCUGUGUCUUCUGCUAGGGAGUUUUUUUCCCCUUUCUCAAAUGCGAAGCGCCCAGAAGAUGGGAGUAAAUGUCUUCUUCUGCUCCAGAUACUCCGGACGGGACUCCGGAUCCGACGGGGGUGGUGAACACAAACGAGGCUUUCUGCAUCGUGAUCCGGACCCGCCUGGGAACCCACUCGCUGCUGUUCUCGGGAGAGGUGGACUGCACGGACCCCCGCAGCCCCUGGCCCGACCCUCCAAGCUGUUACGUGGAGCUGAAGACUAGCAAAGUCAUGCAUAGCCCGGCUCAGAGGAAGAGUUUUUACAGGUGAGGUGGGCAGGGAGAUGAAAAGCAGGGAAACUAUGGAGUCUUCUCCCUUUCCACAAAAAAAACCAGGUACUGCAAAGAUGUUCCAGAACUACAACUCCCAUCAUCACCAUCAUAAAUUUUUAUUUAUACCCCGCCCUCCCCAGCCAAGACCGGGCUCAGGGCGGCUAACAAACAAUAAUAAAAACAAGUUGAUUAAAAUACAAUUUAAAAAAGAUUAGAAUACAACAUUAAAACAUUAGGAUGCAGCCUCUUCACAGGAGGAGAAAGGAAAAAGAAAGAGGGGGAGGGAAUCAAACUGAUUCUAAGCCAAAGGCCAGGUGGAACAACUCUGUCUUACAGGCCCUGCGGAAAGAAAUCAGAUCCUGGUCUCAUGAGACAGAGCGUUGCACUAGGCCGGAGCCAGUGUUGAGAAGGCCCUGGCUCUGGUUGAGGCUAAUCUAACUUCCUUAGGGCCUGGGACCUCUAGGGUGUUGCUAUAUAUGGACCUUAAGGUCCUCUGUGGGACAUACCAGGAGAGACGGUCCCAUAGGUUCGAGGGUCCUAGGCCGUGACGGGCUUUAAAGGUCAAAACCAGCACCUUGAACCUGACCCUGUACUCCACCGGGAGCCAGUGCAGCUGGAAAAGCACUGGGUGAAUAUGCUCCCAUGGCAGAGACCCUGUGAGGAGCCUCGCUGCAGCAUUCUGCACCCGCUGGAGUUUCUGGGACAGCUUCAAGGGCAGCCCCGCGUAGAGCGACUUACAGUAGUCAUAACUAUUGUCCAUGCUGCCUAGGUUCUGAUGGAAGUUGGAGUUCAGCAAUGCCUGGAAAUUCAGGGAUUCUCCACCCUCGCCUUAAACAGGCUUCUGCCUUCAACCAGCCUAGCCAUAAUGCCACCCAGGCCGUUUUUCCGGAAUGCAAAUCUACCAUUUCUCAGCUCCUCUUUCUAAGACUCAGAAUAAGGUGCAGGAGAGAGUCCCGGCCUGUCUCUAAAGCAAAGUGCAGGGGAUCUUACUAGGAUUUUAAAAAAAUGUGUGCUUGCUGGUGGCUCUCUUGCCCUUAGUAACUUUCCCCCCGGAAGAUGUCUUCAAAUUUUUAACCACUUUCUCAGUCAGGGGACUGGACCUCUUACUCUCCUGCUGAUUUGUUUUUAGCAGAGGGCCGGUCUUGCAGCCUUCAUGCAGGCAGCUGCCUGACCAUGCUGGGGAAAAGGAGGUAGGUCUGGGUGGUAUCUCGGAGUUGCCGCCAAAACCAUAUAACACAGUCAGGGGGGUUGGACUGGGUGUCCAUCAAUAUGCGGAUGAUACCCAGCUCUACCUCUCUUUCAAAUCAGAACCAGUGAAGGCGGUGAAGGUCCUGUGUGAGUGCCUGGAGGCGGUUGGAGGAUGGAUGGCGGCUAACAGAUUGAGGUUGAAUCCUGACAAGACAGAAGUCCUGUUUUGGGGGGACAGGAGGCAGGCGGGUGUGGAGGACUCCCUGGUCCUGAAUGGGGUAACUGUGCCCCUGAAGGACCAGGUGCACAGCCUGGGAGUCAUUUUGGACUCAAAGCUGUCCAUGGAGGCAAAGGUCAAUUCUGUGUCCAGGGCAGCUGUUUAUCAGAUCCAUCUGGUACGCAGGCUGAGACCUUACCUGCCUGUGCACUGUCUCGCCAGAGUGGUGCAUGCUCUAGUUAUCUCUUGCUUGGACUACUGCAAUGCGCUCUACAUGGGGCUACCUUUGAAGGUGACCCGGAAACUACAACUAACCCAGAAUGUGGCAGCUAGACUGUGACUGGGAGCAGCCACUGAGACCAUAUAACACUGGUCUUGAAAGACCUACAUUGGCUCCCAGUAUGUUUCCGAGCACAAUUCAAAGUGUUGGUGCUGACCUUUAAAGCCCUAAAUGGCCUCAGUCCUGUAUACCUGAAGGAGCGUCUCCACCCCUAUCGUUCAGCCCGGACACUGAGGUCCAGCUCUGAGGGCCUUCUGGCGUUUCCCUCCCAGCAAGAAUUGAGGUUACAGGGAACCAGGCAGAGGGCCUUCUCAGCAGUGGCACCCGCCCUGUAGAAUGCCUUCCCACCAGAUGUCAAGGAAAUAGACAACUAUCUGACUUUUAGAAGGCAUCUGAAGGCAGCCCUGUUUAGAGAAGUUUUUAAUGUUUGAUGUUUUAUCGUGUUUUUAAUAUUCUCUUAGGAGCUGCCCAGAGUGGCUAGGGAAAUCCAGCCAGAUGGGCAGGGUAUAAAUAAUAAAUUAUUAUUAUCUGGUUUUCAGCAUCAUGAUAUAUCACCAGGUAUAUAUCAUGAUGUCUGUAACAAGGAUGGAGCUAUGUAGAGGCACUGGCUGGCUUCAUGGUUUUCCCGCUUUGUGAUUUUUGCACAACACACACCAUGAUUCGCAAUAUAUUGCCAGGUCCAAAAUUAUGAAGCCGAUAGCACAAUAUGGACUUCAAACCGGUUUGGGACAAUAUAUCACCCAGCCUUAAUGGGAUGAUGGCCUAAAUAAGCAAGGGACCAGUGGCCUUUUCGGUGUUAAAGGGACCCUGAUCAUUAGGUCCAGUCGUGGCUGACUCUGGGGUUGCGGCGCUCAUCUCGCUCUACUGGCCGAGGGAGCCGGCGUACAGCUUCCGGGUCAUGUGGCCGGCAUGACUAAGCCACUUCUGGCGAACCAGAGCAGCGCAUGGAAACAACGUUUACCUUCCCGACUAUUUAUCUACUUGCACUUUGACAUGCUUUUGAACUGCUAGGUUGGCAGCAGGAGGGACCGAGGAAUGGGAACUCACCCCGUCGCAGGGAUUUGAACCGCCGACCUUCUGAUCAGCAAGCCCUAGGCUCUGUGGUUUAACCCACAGCACCACCCGCGUCCCUUUUUGGUGUUAGUGGACUACAACUCUUGCCAUCCCUGGCCAUUGGCUAUUCUGCAUGGGGCUGAUGGGAGCUGGAGUCCAGCAACAUCUGGCGGGCCUUAAGGGGUUGUAUCCUACAAAGAACUUCUGUCUUUGCAACAGGACUCUCUCCCCCCAAAAAGCCUCCCCCCCAUCCACUUUAAGAGGUUGGGGGAAAUCCCCAGAACAGAUUUCUUUUGGGGGGGGGGUGGCACAUGAGGCAAGGCGAAGGAAGUUGAUGACUUUGUUGGACGCAGCCCUUAGUCUCCACCCCAAGACAGGCCUCGAGUCUGUUUCUGAGCCUAGCAUCAGUACUUGGGGAGGAAGACGGCCAAGCGCUUGUCAGAUCUCAAGGAGGGCAGCCAAAGAGGAUGUCGGGCAGAGGGAAUAGAUGAGCCAGCUUCUCUCUUCUUCCCAGGCACAAGAUGAUCAAGUGGUGGGCUCAGUCUUUUCUGCCCGGAGUGUCUCGGAUCGUGGCCGGGUACCGGGGGCCAGAUGGCUCCAUCGUGGAACUGGAGACGUUUGAGACGAUGAAGAUAUUCCAGCUCAUUAGGGUGAGUCCAAGGCCAGGAGGAAGGGCAGCCAGGCUGAGAUCUUAGAUUCCUCCCUUUCAUUCUAACCUCUCCCAGCUCCAAGGGAAAAGGUGGGGCGGGUUGGUGCACUAAUUCUUCCUCCAGAGCGGCUCUCUAUAAGGGUUCAACAGGUGAUCGGUGGUUACAGGGAACCCCUGUGAAACUGCGCUCAGAGUGAAAGUGCAUCUUCCACAGAGGUUGCUGUAAGAGCCAGUCAGCCGGCAGACUUCAGGCUUGAUGAAUUGCUUGUUCACCUGAACUCCCAAGGUACGCCGGGACAAGGCAUUAGCUUAGGUAUGGAAGCACAGGUGGUCAGGUGCGCACUUAAGCACUGAAAACACACACCUGCUCCUCUCAGGCAUUGGCUUUCAGCAUCAGAACUGUGUUUGGGGAAGGCUGAACUAGAUGGACCAAGGAGCCAGACUCUGCCUAAGGCAGCUUCCCAUGUUCCAGGUUGUAUCACCCCUAAAAUAACCUCCCUUCUUCCUCCUGGGCAGGAGGACCCGGGCUGCUGGAAGCCGGCGGUGUGCAUGAACUUUUGCGCGGCGUUCCUCGGCUUUGUGAAGAAAGUGGUGACCGAAGACAAUCCGAAGUAAGUACCGUAUUUUUUGCUCCAUAAGACACACUUUUUUCUUCCUAAAAAGUAAGUGGAAAUGUCUGUGCGUCUUAUGGAGCCAGGGGCAAAAAGCAGAUCAUGCUUUUUUUUUUUUUUAAAAAAAGAGGGAAGUAGGUGUUGAAACAAAGCCGCUAAUAAACAAGCAAUCGGGGAGGGAGAUAAGGGAAGCUAGCAAUAAAGGUGACUGCCCGGGGAAGGGGGAGAUAAAGACAGUGAACUUGCAAGGAGAGGAGACAGGAAGACUGAAGCAAUGAGGAGAGAAAUUAGAAGAAAAAGAGGAGCAAAAAACAGCUCCAGCUAAGGAAAAGACACUAAGGCAAACAAGUGGGAAGGGAGUGUUGAAAGGAAGCAGCUGAUAGGUUAGGGAGGGAGGGAGAUGAGGGACGCUAGCGAUAAAGGAGGCUGCCUGGGAGGGGGGAGGUAAAAGCCCAUGGAUCCUCAGGAUUUUUAGGUUGGGUCACCCCAAAUUCACCAUCAGAUCCCAUAGCAUGUCCAUGGCUAUAGCCUGCACCAAAAAAAAUCACGCAUCCACUGUUUUGUGGGGCUGCAGUGGCGCAAAAACGUGGUUACAAAGCAUGGAUCCACAUGAAUCCUCAGGAUUUUUGCAUUGGGUUACUCCAAACUCACCAUCAAAUCACAUGUCUGUGGCCACAGCAUGAACCACAAAAAUCAUACAUCCACUGUUUCGUUCAGAAUUAUUUUUUUUUCUUGUUUUCCUCCUCUAAAAACUAGGUGUGUCUUAUGAAGCGAAAAAUACAGUAGUCAUGGUGGCUGAGGCCAGUGGGAGUUUGCAGUCCAAACACUAGGAGGGGGAGCAGGCUGAUGACGGCCGGUUAAGUAGAGGAGGAAAACAAAAUGGGAAGACUAGAGUGAACGUGGGACUCCUAGCAAGGGAGAGCAAACUCCUUGGCUUAGUCUCCCUUCCAGAGGAACCUCACGUUGUACCUGCUGCUUUCUCCUUUGUCCAGGUUGGUCCACCUCUUUGCCUGGGAGCCUGGCCACCCUGUCUCCUUCACGGUGCACCGGGACUCUGAGCACACCUUCCUGCCUGACUGGUAUGUGGAGGUGCUGAGCAACGAGAAGCCCUCCACUCCGCACAUCCCAGACUGA